AUGUUGCACCAGGCGGCUGUUUAAAUGUUUGCCUCUUCGUUCAAAUCAGUCGUCAGCAUAACGAACAACUGCCAAAAACCCGCCCGAAUUUUGUUUACUGUCGAUGGUUUUCUGUGAAAAUUCUUACUAAAAUUGGUGAAAUUGUGUGAAGUUAGACAGGUCGAUUGGAUUCAGGAUGGAGGAUUUCCAAAAGAUAGAAAAGAUCGGUGAAGGAACGUACGGGGUGGUGUACAAGGGCCGCAACAAAUUGACCGGGCAGAUAGUGGCCAUGAAGAAGAUUCGUUUGGAAUCAGAGGACGAGGGAAUUCCUUCCACUGCCAUUCGGGAGAUAUCUCUUUUGAAGGAAUUGAAACAUCCGAACAUCGUUUCGCUGGAAGAUGUCCUCAUGGAAGAGAAUCGACUGUAUUUGAUUUUCGAGUUUUUGUCGAUGGAUCUGAAGAAGUACAUGGACACGUUGCCGCCGGAGAAGAUGAUGGAUUCGGAUCUGGUCAAGAGCUACAUGUAUCAGAUAACGGCCGCUUUGCUGUUCUGCCACAAGAGAAGGGUUCUGCAUCGAGAUUUGAAACCACAGAAUCUGCUUAUCAACAAGGAAGGACUGAUCAAAGUGGCUGAUUUUGGAUUGGGUCGUUCGUUUAACAUUCCGGUUCGCAACUAUACGCAUGAGAUUGUUACGCUUUGGUACCGGGCACCGGAAGUUCUGCUGGGAUCGCCACGAUAUGCAUGCCCCGUGGAUAUUUGGUCUAUUGGGUGCAUUUUCGCCGAAAUGACAACCAGAAAGCCACUCUUCCAAGGCGAUUCGGAGAUUGAUCAACUGUUCCGGAUGUUCCGUAUCUUGAAAACACCGACGGAGGAGAUUUGGCCUGGAGUGACCUCGCUGCCCGACUACAAACCGACAUUCCCGUGCUGGACGCAAAACAAUCUGACCAGCCAGGUGAAGAAUCUCGACUCAGCGGGGCUUGAUCUGUUGCAGAAGUGUUUGAUCUACGAUCCGGUUCAUCGAAUUUCGGCCAAGAAGAUUCUCGAGCACAAGUAUUUCGAUGGAUUCGAACGGAGAGCGGCCCCAAUCGAGUGAGGGGGCAUUUUAUUCGGUGACUUUAAUUUAUAAUCCUAGAGAUAUUUCAUUUUCGUAACCUUUCACGAUUGUAUGAUUCCGCGAUCGCAUUUCCAGUAGAAACUAAGGAGGAUGUAAAUAUUCCGCCAGGCCGAAGAGCUAUCUUUUAUGAAUCUUUUCACCUCUAGUUUGUAACGCGCCUUUAGAUGUAAAUACAGACAACAGAUUCGAUCGGAA